AUGAGCUGUCUGGAUGUUAUGUACCAAGUCUACGGUCCUCCUCAGCCUUACUUCGCAGCAGCCUACAGUCCUUACCACCAGAAAUUAGCCUUUUACUCGAAGAUGCAGGAAGCCGCCGAGAGCGCCAGCACCAGCGGCAGCAGCAGCAGCAGCUCCUCCUUCUCCAACCACACCGCCCCGGCCAGCAUCAAGGAGGAGGAGUGCAGCCCGGAGAAAGAGCGCCCCCCCGAGGCCGAGUACAUCAACGCCAGGUGUGUCUUGUUCACCUACUUCCAAGGGGACAUCAGCGCCGUGGUGGACGAGCACUUCAGCCGAGCCCUCAGCCAGCCCAGCAGCUACUCGCCCAGUAGCGCGGGCCUCAAGGCCGUUGCAAGGAGCUCCGCCGCUUGGAGAGGUGAGCUGGGUAGUUUCUUCGUCUCCGGCCUCCUUCAGGCUAGCUUUGCCCUCAGGGGGAGUCUUUUGUCACCCGAGGCUCAAGAAGAUGCACCUCUUCAGAGCUUAGGUCAAGUAGUAGUCAACCUGUGGCCUUCUGGUGACUUGGGUUAUAACUCCCAGAAUCCUCUGACGAAUUAUAAUCCAAGGCAUCUGGAAAACUGUUGCCUGCCUAUGUAG